CAGAAGCCGCCUCAGCUGCUCCUGCUAAGUGGGGCACCGUCACAAGGCAGACGCCCCAAAAAUAGACCCCGCAGCCAAAGGGAGGAGGUGGUGGUGGAGCAGGAGGAGGAGGAGAUGCCGCCCAGUACCGUUCUGCAAAUGCCGACGGCUCCGUCUUCGUCGAAAUCCGGACUGGUGCUGGGCGUCUGCUGUGACCAGCUGAUGGCGGUGCAGCAUCCAGUGCAUCAUCCAGUGCACCGGGCAUCCGGAGCAGCAGCAUCCAAAAGUAGUGCCCCGGAUUGGGGGAAUCACAAGGCGAAACAUCUUGAGGGGAUUGCUACCACGACUUCCAAGUGGAUUCCACCCUUUUUCAUUAUCCUCGUCUCGCUCUUGGAGCUUCUUGUAUUUCUGUGCGUGGGAGCUGAUUCACCAGAGGAUUCCCUUCUGGUCUAUCGUCCUGACCAGCGUCUCCAGCUCUGGAGAUUCCUCAGCUAUGCCCUGCUUCAUGCCAGUUGGCUCCAUUUGGGUUACAACGUUCUCACCCAGCUGCUAUUCGGAGUUCCCUUGGAGUUGGUACAUGGAUCGCUGAGAACGGGUGUGAUUUACAUGGCUGGCGUUUUGGCUGGAUCUCUGGGAACUUCGGUGGUGGACUCGGAGGUUUAUCUGGUGGGUGCUAGUGGGGGAGUAUAUGCCCUACUGGCCGCCCAACUGGCGAGUCUUUUGCUCAACUUUGGCCAAAUGCGACAUGGAGUUUUUCAGCUAAUGGCGGUGAUUGUUUUUGUCUUUUGCGAUCUUGGCUAUGCCUUAUACUCCCGAGAACUGGCAAUGCAGCAACUGCAGACGCGACCCUCGGUCUCCUAUAUCGCCCACAUGACCGGAGCUCUGGCGGGAAUCAGUGUGGGUCUGCUGCUCCUCCGGCAGCUGGAUGGUGGCCUCCGACCACGCCCCCUCCGCUGGCUGGCCCUGGGCGUUUGGUGCUUGUUCAGUGCCUUUGGGAUCGCCUUCAACCUGGUCAACACGGUGACAGCUCAACUCCUUGCCGAGGAGGAGGGUCAGGUGAUCAGGCAGCACCUGAUGAAGGACCUCGGAAUGGGAUGAGGAUCCUUAAAAGACUGCAUCCCAUACUCAUAUAUGUCUCCUCUUAUGCCUUAGUCUCUAGUCACUAGUCGGUAAGACUUUCCCCAGGACAGUGUGCUCAAAUAACAUAUCUAUGUAUCAAUAUAUAUCCAUCGGAUAUCCUGUAUCCUGCUCAAAAUACUCUUAGCUCGUAAGUCGUCCCCAAAAAACAUUUAUCUUAUGCCAAUGCCAAAGGAGUGGAGAAAAGGGCCUUUCAACAACUGAGCCUGGCUCAUCACAUCAAAGACUUAGGAUCGGGUUUGGAUUGGGUUACCUAAUCGAUGGACUCCUCCUCCAUUGAGUUGCCUACUACUUAGUUUUAAUGCCAAACCAGAGC